GAAAACAACCGGGCGCCAUUUUCGAAAUAUUUUAAUGACCAUCGUGCCAAGGUUAAGAGAACUGAAACAGAAGAAAUGUUCUACUCAGUUAUUCCUUUUACUUCAUUCCCCAAAGCCCACUGAGAUCAUCAUCGAUAGUGCUACGUUACGGCCAGGCUUAUGUGCUGUGCAUGAAAAAACUUAGACUAAAUUAGCUAAAGCUUCUAAAAUAUAUUUAAUUUUGCCUUGGAAACAAACUGAGGCUUUGAACUGCCUGGAAUAGUAAUCAUAUUUGUCAUAAGGGACGCACAGCAAUAACAAGAAAUCGACUGACUUUAAAGUAACUAAAUUACACAAACCUUCAAAUCUAGGUUAUCAGUGUGCCCGUCAUGUCCCCAAAAGUUUUCUGCCGUUACAUCUUCAUCUUCUUUGGCUGUUUUCUCGGAAUUCUUUGUCUUUCGCUGUUUUCUGGCAAGGAGCUUUCUCUGCUGUUGUUCCUGUAUUAACUGGAACUGUUGCCGCAACGAUUCGGACGCAUCUAAACUCAUAUUUUUAAAAGAUUUUAGGUGGAAAAUUCGUGUGUUUGUGCGACAUAUUUGUUGGCAACAGGCAAAGUUGUCGUGCUCAGUCCUCUCUCUCCCUUGUCUUCCAAACGAGGUUCGCUCGCAGUGGUCAUGUUGUCAUCUCAGUCAGACCAGCCAAGUUCUUGUCUAUCCGAGCAGUUUGUCUUUCUAAGCCUAGGGUAAACAUGGAAAAAUACGAGAAAAUCAAGAUUAUCGGCCGUGGGGCUUAUGGCACCGUUUAUCUCUGUCGACGUAUUUCCGAUGGAUGUCACUUCAUCAUCAAGCAAAUUCCAGUCGAAGAAAUGAGUAAAGAGGAAAGACAAGCCGCUAUGAACGAGGUAGAUGUUUUGAAAAGGCUAACACACCCGAAUAUAAUCUCCUAUUUAGAAAGUUUUUUCGAGGGAAGGGCCUUAAUGAUCGUGAUGGAGUAUGCUCAAGGAGGAACCAUGUUCAGCUUUCUUGAAGAACGGGAAGGGAAGCUUUUGGACGAAGACGAAAUCAUACGACUGUUUGUACAAAUCUUGUUGGCUAUCCAUCAUGUCCACCAACGAAACAUCCUUCACAGGGAUCUCAAAACUCAGAACAUCCUUUUGAACAAGACGAGGAAAAUUGUGAAGAUCGGAGACUUUGGCAUAUCAAAAAUUUUGAGCAGCAAAAGCAAGGCUAACUCUGUUGUAGGUACCCCAUGUUACAUUUCGCCAGAACUGUGCGAAGGUAAACCGUAUAAUCAAAAAAGCGAUAUUUGGGCUCUUGGAUGUGUACUUUACGAGCUGGCCACGUUAAAGAAAGCGUUCGAGGCGACCACUUUGACUGCUUUAGUGAUGAAAAUUAUGAAAGGAAACUUUAUUCCUAUUUCAGAAAGGUACAGUGAGGAUUUCAAGAAGCUUGUUCUCAGCAUGCUUCAAAUUGAUCCCACGAAAAGACCAACCCUCCGACAGAUCAUGGCUCAGCCACUCAUAGUGAAUGCACUGUUUAAUGUGUGCACUGAUGUUGGACGAGUGCCAUGUAACAGAACCCCAAGACCUAUGGCAGGGAUAUCCGCUGCCAUACCCCCAGCACGUGGACGAUCUUCAAGCAGCAGUCGGCCCACAGGCAAUCAAAUCUAUCGCACCAGUUCCACUAACUCAGCAUCUGUGAUCCUUGAGGGACUUCCAGAUUUUAAGCCACCAGAGUGCCAGUAUGUAGUGUACCACUGGGGUGGUGGCAUCAGUUCACCCACAAAACUUACAUUGCCGCAACAUGACUCAGAUGUGGUGCAGGUAGCAUCUGGGAGGACGCUGAAAACAGGAGUGACUGGCGGUGGGCGAAUGAUCAUCUGGGACUCUAACAAAAAAGCAGUGAAUGUUUCUUCAGAUGCAGCAGAUAAGGGAAUGUUGUUGGAGGAUAUGUGGGUACCAAGGUUCCUUGAGGGGCAGUCUGGAGUGACGAUUGUCCAGGUCUCCUGUGGGGAUUUGUUUGUGGCUUGUUUGACAGAUCGUGGAAUUCUCAUGACCUUUGGAAGUGGUGUGCAUGGCUCAUUGGGGCAUGGGAACCACAAUGAUGUUGUCCAGGCCAAAAUAGUAGAAGCUUUGAUUGGAUUCGAAGUAGAACAGGUAUCUUGUGGUGCUUCCCAUGUAAUAGUUGUGACAGCCGACCGCGAACUUUUUGCCUGGGGCCGAGGAGAUAAUGGCCGUCUUGGGCUUGGAAACCAACAGUCACACACGCUCCCACAACCACUGAGUCUCGAACCUGGCUUCACGGCAAGAGCUGUUAAGUGUGGAGUGGACUGCUCUUUUGUAUUAGCCCUCAAUGACAGGUUGUUAGCCUGCGGCAGCAACAGAUGUAACAAGCUGGCCUUGGACAUGGAUGACCAGACUGUUGACGAGUCACAUACCUUAAAACCUAUAACUGCUAAGGCGGUAAUGGCUGAGCCUGUUAAAGCUGUUACCAUGGGAACAUCACACACUGCAGUGCUGACUGCCAGCGGUAAAUGCCUGACAUUUGGUUCCAACUCGUUUGGACAGCUUGGGUAUGAACGCGAAGGAAGUUUGCGUGAGCCUCGGAUUGUACAAGCUUUGGAAAACAAAAAGUUGACUUUUGUGUCUUGAGGGGACACUUUCACAGUUGCAGUGAGCAAUGACAAGGAUGUGUUCACAUGGGGCAAGGGUGCUCGUGGGCGUCUGGGAGGGCAGUCGGACGAUGAUUGCUCCACACCAAAGUGUGUUGCUUUACCUGAAAAACUCAAGGUCUUGUCCGUGUCUUGCAGCCACAGUACAACAAUGGUAUGUGGAAAAGUGCUGUAACCCUAUACAGACUGGGCAUUUUCUCAUUCAUGUUUACUUACAAAGUAACGUUUUUACUGAAAUAGUGAAAAAGUUAUGAACUGUGGUAAAGUGAGUGUGGUGACUUUCAAACCCACCCAUCACCCUGGCCUGAAUAUGGUUAAAACAUUGGAUUGAUACUGACAAUACUGGGCUUGGCUGUUCAACAGCAAACCAAGGAUUGUUCAUAUAGUGUGAUCUUCUGGGUGAGUGUAGUUCUGAAAAGAACUGUUGUUGGUACACUCACCCGGACGAUCACACUAUACGAACUACUGAUACUCCUGGGUUCAAACCAUUUACUAUGAAACCAAGGAUUAACAACAAUUUUUAUUACAGUUUUGUAACUUUUCAGUUUUUAUUGUUUGUCCUUCAGUUUUGAGCAGAGUAAUCUCAAACUACAGAAAAGAAUAAGUGGUAAAAAAAAAAUUGUAAGUAAGAAAAACAAAUAUUUCUUUUAACAACCUGACCAUGUGCUGUACUUUCUUCUUGAGCCAUCUCCUUUUGAACAUUUGAAGUUCUGCUUUUUAGUGGCACCAGUGCCAAAGAUGAACUCUUGAUUUGAAAAUCUGUUUUCAGUCCAGUAUCUAUUUUUUACCUUCCUUUCUUAUCUUUUUUUUUUU